AUGCACAAAAAUGCCCUUUUUAAAGGUCGCAGCACUCUUGUUGCCAUGGUAACAGCGACUGCUUGUUCGAGGCAUGGGGCUUCAUUUUCAUACAAAAACGUCGCAAAAAAAGAGUGAAAUGUUUAUUUCUCUAUCUCAAGCUAAAUACAACAUUACAAAUUGGCACUUCUACCAUACACAGUAACAUGAUUUGUCUUCACUUCGAUAUAUUUCAUUAUCCCUGUGAGUGAAUGUGAAGACACCAAUGGAUUAUUCAUCUCGGUACAGUUUCGGUCAUUUUUGUUAUGGGGUAAAACAGGGAAAACGUUUAUCUGAAUUUCUCCAAAAGUACACCGAUUCUGGAACUGAAACUACCCAUCUAGCUGGUUGUAAUAUUCUAGUUUUUAAAUAUGCAAAAAUCUCUGCGGACCUGCCUCUACUUUUAACAGGGGCAAUUCGCGAAAAAAGCUCAAAAUCAGAUACUGCAUAAUUUGGCGAUGUUUACAUCUAAUGUUCUCAACAACAAACGUUUCAGACAAAUGAAAACCAACUUUCAAACAACUUAUUAGCCACACGUAAAUUGCAACUUGUCAUUGAACGAAACUCCCCAUGGUUAAUAUGUAAUCUGGAUUGCUCCAUGUCCUUCAGGAAAAAUAACAGCGAUUUCAUCACCAUUAUUUUCCAUACUUUUCUCCCGGAUAUCUUUUACAAGCUUAAAGGAAGAUGAAAAUAACGCAAUCUCCCUGUGAUUUACACGAGUGGAAGUCAAAGAUCUUUUUAAUUUUCCACUGAGGUGGCCGGCUCAUCAGGAAGAAAAAGGAGAUCGUUCGGUCCAAUAACACUGGUCUGUAGAGAUUAUUAAGCUAAUAACUGAGAAGAUUGUAACCUUUGGUUCAUCAGUGACAGCAUUAAUUAUUUCAAAUCUGUUUUUCUAAGUCCAAGCGACACAAAAAAUAGUUCCUUUGUAAUUUUGUAAGCACUUUAUGUAGCAUUUUAUUUUCAAGAGAAAUAAAUCUCAAGGCUCCAAGCCAAUAUAACGUUCAAGCACGUUUUUUUUUUUGGUUGUUUUUACUGAGAAUGCGCAGAAAUCUGCUGAUAUAUCUAAAAAUAUGGUAUUUCUGACGAAUGAGUCUGCGAAUAAGGCAGAAAUAAAUAUUUUGUCGGCACGAGAUACGACAAGGCCUGGGCCUUAGGCCUAAGCAUCAUGGGUAAUGAUGCAGUGGUAUAUAAGGGAAAGUAUAGCCUGAUGUCCAUCUUCAGAACCAACCGUUCACCUCUGGCUGAUGACAAAUUUAUUUUAAAAACAUAUUUUCUUUAGCUGUGAAGCCUCGUAGGAUGGGCUGCCAACUGCUCUGGGUUUGGGCCAUGGUUCCUACCCAGAUUUCCUGUCAUGUUUUUCCCCAAAGGGGUUUUUUCCGGUAACGGCCAUAACCGUAGUUAUGUCCUUGACAAUCUCUGUUAAUCCAGACUUGUUUUGCAUGUUAGAAUGUAUACCUUUUUUUUUUUUUUUUUAUGAAUAUUGACUGUAUAUCAGGAUAGUUUAUGGUAUAUCAGAUCAUUAUAUGUAUGUAUGCAUUCCUCAACAUAUAUGUUUUAAAAUAAACUAAUUUGGUGUACAAUACUGUGUUAUUUGUUGUGUAGUGGAGACAAAAUGUCCAUUUUUCGUCUUCUUUGGGGUGACCGAUGGAAACUUCAUAGAGAAAUACAGCGUAACGCCAUCGUGACAAUGUACAUGGUUAGGACAAAUGACCGGUGUGAGGAUAGUUUCGUGUAGAUCAGCCGACUUCAACAUGUUUUAAAUGACAUACAAGUAUAA